UUCAGUCGUGCUCCGCGGCCCCUGCGUACACCCUUCCCUUUCUGGUUUCAUCGGUUAUGUCGCGUGCUAUUCCGGCAAUUCCAAGGUCUAACAUUUAGAGUUAAGGUCUUCGCUGGACCACUUGGUUGUGUUUCUGCAGAUUGUAGGGCUGUUUUGACAGGUGCUUGCUGAACAUUUCCGGCAACAGGUGAUGGACAACUACGUGAAGCUCGAGAAGCUCGGAGAAGGCACGUAUGGUGUCGUUUACAAGGGGAAAAAUAAACUGACAAACGAGAUCGUGGCCCUGAAAAAAAUCAGAUCAGAGGGCGACGAUGAAGGUCUUCCUGCCACUGCCAUUCGAGAAAUUUCACUGCUCAAAGAACUGUGUCAUCCUUACAUUGUAUCUUUAAAAGAUGUCCUCAUGGAUGAGACUACGCUGCACCUGGUCUUUGAACACAUGAGUAUGGACCUGAGAAAAUUCAUGGAUGUGAGGGAACUGAACGCGGAAAAGAUCAGGUCGUUCCUCUACCAGAUCCUUGUCGCCAUUCUGUUCUGUCACAAGCGUAGAGUGCUUCACAGAGACCUGAAGCCACAGAACCUGCUGGUCAGCUAUGACGGCCGCAUUAUCAAAAUCGCUGACUUUGGUCUCGGUAGGGCUUUUGGGGUGCCCCUGAGGGCAUACACGCACGAGGUCGUCACCCUGUGGUACAGGGCGCCAGAAAUCUUGCUCGGCGGCCUCAGGUACUCCUGCCCUGUGGACAUCUGGUCCAUCGCCUGCAUCUUCGCAGAGAUGGUGAACAAACGCCCGCUGUUCCAAGGCGAUUCUGAGAUUGAUCAAAUCUUCAGGAUAUUCAGGACUUUGAGGACCCCCGACGAGGAAAUUUGGCCUGGAGUGAGCGAGUUACCUGACUACAAGCCGACUUUUCCGCAGUGGCGCCAGAACAACCUCAAAUCCUCAAUGCCUACGAUGAGCCCGGCGGCGUUGGACAUCUUGCAGAAAAUGCUGAUUUACUGCCCAGGCCAGAGACUGACGGCCAAGGACGCUGUGAAGCACCCAUACUUUGAUGGAUUCAACACAGACAGCCUGCCUGCUGUAGCCGACUGAGUUUGAGUUUGUCACCCUCUUACUGGAUCUGUCCUAUCCGCAUUAAUUGCUGCCUUAAUUAAUUACCUAGUUGUUAAAGUGUAAAACUGAGGUUCUGUGAAAAACUGUUGUACAUAUUAUUAAUCCUUCCAAUGAUGCCUUUUACCACUGAAAUAAUCACAACAAUGGAGAGCUGAGAAAUUAAAGUCAAAGCUUAUUUAAUGAAA